GUCAUCAUCGCAGAGCAAUUGGCAGCCAUUUUCAAACUCUGGUCGUGCUUUGUGGAGCUUUUGCGUGGUUUCCGUGUCACCACAGUUAUUUACAACUGACUAACUUGUAGACGUUUUUCUUACAAACAGUCAACACCUGGUGACCCCGGUUGCAUUUCUCAAAGCGUGUGUAAUUUGUUAGCGUUGUAGCAACGAGUUCUUUUACUUUCCGGUUCACAAUUAUUAGCCCCACCUUGGCUGCAAAAUGGCAGGCACGGCGAGACACGACAGAGAAAUGAAAAUGGAUGCAGAGAAAAAGCUCAGAACUGUCCAAGACCCAAUCGAAAAGCUGAGGUUGCAGUGUUUGGCCAGGGGUUCCAGCGGUAUUAAAGGUCUUGGAAGAGUUUUCAAAAUUAUGGAUGAUGAUGGCAACAAAACACUAAGCAUGGCCGAGUUCAAAAAAGGUCUCCGUGACUAUAAAUGUGAUGUACCUAAGGCCGAAAUGGAAGAAAUGUUUCAAGCUUUUGAUAAGGAUGGAAGUGGAACAAUUGACUUCGAUGAAUUUCUUGUGGAACUAAGGCCACCAAUGUCAACUGCUAGGAAAAAUGUCAUCUCUGAAGCCUUCCGAAAACUAGACAAAACAGGAGAUGGCGUAAUAACUAUAGAAGAUCUGAAAGGUGUCUAUAAUGUCAGCAAACAUGCCAAGUACAUGAACGGUGAAUGGACAGAAGAACAAGUGUUCCGAUCUUUCCUAGAUAGCUUUGAUACACCGAAUGAAGCAGAUGGCAAGGUCACCGAGGACGAGUUUCAGAACUAUUAUUGUGGUGUAAGUGCUUCCAUUGACUCCGACGUGUAUUUUAUUACUAUGAUGAAAAACGCCUGGAAAUUGAAUUAGAUAACUAAUGAAGAAUUUAUAAAUUACUAUUCUGGCGUGAGUGCCUCAAUAGACAGCGAUUGUUAUUUUAUUCUUAUGAUGAAGAAUGCUUGGAGGUUGUGAUUCUAUCAAAUGAAUGAUUGUAACUGUGGUUAUCAAGGAAAAUUCUUCUGUCAAUUGCAAAGACCUGGUAAAAAAAGGUUUCUGGUAGGCAUCAUACCUUGUAUGAGAAUAUUUUAUUGCCAAUAUCACAAUUAUUGGAUCCUGUCUAUAUAAACCAGAAUCUAAUUUUUUUUUUAUCACGUCUUUUCUUACUGUAUUUUUAUACCAACAUUUUAUUCUUUUUAUCCUUGUAAAAGCAUUUUUACUCAUGGCUGUAAUUGUAAUCGUUCCUGAAAUUAAUCUUGUGAUUUUAUCUGUGAUUUCUGUAUAUUUAUUCUUUUCACGUGCCAUAUUAGCCAAUCAUUGCUAUAAUAUUGAUUUAUAUAUUUUCAAUAGCAGCAUGAGAAAUCAGUAUAAGCUUGUUAGUAAAAGUAUUCCAAUUAUUAGGUGAACUGCAAAUCAAGUCAAUAAUUAGAAGAUAAAAUUUCAAUCAAAUAUAAAAUUAUAAAGAAAGUAAAUAAUAAUCAAUGAUCUAUGUAAUCUUGUAGAAAUAGUAGUUUAAGACAUUACACACGUCACUAAGUCCAAAUUGAAGUAGAUUUUCAAACAUGUUGCAUACUACUUUUUUUUCUCAGUGGAUGAAUUUAUCAACAACUUGAUGGUUUCGUUUAAAUUUGAUUUAUUUACCCAACAGAGCACUAUAACUACUAUGUAUAUCAUGGCAUUAUUGUACAUGGUGUGGUUUAAUUUUGAAAUCAUGUUUAUUAUUUAAACUGAAAAUAUGGCAAACAAGAUAGCUGCAACAGCUUCGUCUCGGCAGUCACUUUAAUGCAUUUUAUUACUUAAUACAAUUGCUCCAUCCAGAUUUCAGUAUUGGCUGCACAAUUUUUCUUAAAAUGUUUUGUUUUUCAAUGUCCCGUAACAUUUUUCAGUCCAGAAAAACCUACCAACUUGUCCAACAACAGAUGGUGUAUGCUUACCCUUCCAUUAUUGCAUAUUUGCCAAACAUUCAAUCUUUUAAAUUAUUGUUUAAUAUUUUGUCCAUAUUUCAGUUAACUGAAAUGUUAACCAAGUAAAAGCUGGGGCCUCCCUGUGUCCAUGUAGUUUUUACAUCAGUUUCAGUAUUACCGUUACUAGUAUGAUAUUGGUAAUGGUCGCAAUAGUCCUUUUGUCAACAUUGUACAUUUCAACUCUAUUUGGCACUACACUGAUUUUUCUUUUGUGCCUAAUUUAUACACCUUUUUUUAACUAAUUAUGGAGCAUAACAUUUCUUGUAGAAUUUGUAUUCCUGGCAACAAGUGAAUAGCGCCCUCUAUGCAUCAUGUAUUUGUUUUUUUGUAGAUGGCACUGUUCUAUAGAUUGUUACUGCUUUUGUCACUAUUUAAUUUAUACUUUUAUCAGUAGUGUGAAAAAGAACUUAAAUUCUAGGAGCAUUUUAGGGACUUGUUACUCUAAUUGUAAAUAUUUGUAAUUUAUAACUAUUUGUUGGUAAAAAAAAAGACUUCAAAUAGACUGGUGAUGAAAAUUAAAUUUAAAAAAUAAUCAGAUGUUUGUGUGUUCUUUGUCAUUUAUUUUAUUGCAUCUAUACAGUAAAUAAGUUGCGUGCUAGAUACAACAUGGUUACAGUAUACAACCAGCAUAAAGUGUAUGGGUUUAUGUGACAAGACAAUCAUGAUUACUUAUUGUGGGGUGUUUGGUUACUAGUUGAAAUAAAAUUCAUGGCUCAAUACACGGCCAGUUUUGUAACAAA